ACUACGAAAGGAAAGCCAGACUAGUUUUUCUCGUUUCUGCAUAUCUCUAGAAGGUGGGCCGGACCUGUGUAAACAGCUCAGCUCAGUGCACAUACUAUUCAGCACGAGGACUGGUUUCUAUGUCUUGGAUUUAAACAAUCGGACCCCCUUUUACCUAAGAAGAUGUCUGCAUCACCUCCUCCGGUGGUCCCCAGGAAGCCUUCAGGUGUUCGAGUCAUGAUAACUCCAGGAGAGCAGCUUCCGCCUGGAGGUCUGCCCGAUUACACAAAUUCAGCAAGAGAGAAUGGACCCAGUAGUGUGUCCGACCAUACAUUUACAACAUCUCCACUGAAUGCAGAAAGAGAAGUGGAGAUUAUGAACCACUGUUUUGACGAUAUGGAGCGUUUCAUGGGGCGUCUGCAGCAGGCGGCUGAGGCCCAGAGUGUUCUCAACCAGAGGAAGAAGAAGAGAAGCAAGAAAAGCAAGAAGAAGGAGAAUCAAGAAGAUGAUUUGUUGACCAUGAAAGCUUGCCCUCCAUCAGAAGAGGAAUUUGUGGAAAUCUUUCAGAAAUUUAAGUACUCCCUCAGUCUACUGGACCGGGUCAAGUCAUCCAUCACAGAACCUGAUGCACCAGAGCUACUGCAUCACAUCUUCGUGCCUCUUGGAUUGAUGGUAAAAACCACUGGAGGACCAGACUUAGCUGCAUCUGUGGUCAGUCCUGCUCUGACCAGUGGGGCUGUAUCACUGCUCCAGGAGCAUCUGACUGCAGAGGAACAGGAACUCUGGACUUCCUUAGGACAAAACUGGACCUCAUCCCGUUCACAACUCAGUGAGUCUGUUCCUCCAUAUACACCUGUCUUCCUGGAUGGGUGGCAGCCUCAGACCUCGGACUCAGCUGGUCAGCCUUUGGAAGACCCCAUUGAGUCCCAGCACAAACAAGAUGAAAUUAAAGCGGCACAGACUCUACAAGACCAAGCUCGACAAGCAGCAGCGGUGUCUGUCUCUGAUCAAGUAGAUGGAAAUGGGCUCCCACCAGAGGCUGAGAGACUUUACUGCUGCAGUUAUGACUUUGUGGCCAGAAACAGCAGUGAACUGUCUGUGCUGCAAGGAGAAACACUAGAGGUCAUUGAGUCAUCAAAACGCUGGUGGAAAUGUCGGAAUCGUUUUGACCAAAUAGGAUUUGUUCCUCAUAACAUCCUGGAGCCUCUGUCUGCUCUGAACAACACAGGGAGGGAAAGCCCAGUGGUCCGCAGAGAGUCAAAGACGGCCCUUUCUCCACGGUCAAAGUACUUCUCAUAUGAUCUGUCAAGCCCAACUGCAAGCAGUCCUACAGCUAUAAGUCCACCACUGCGAGCCCAGAGCAUGGUUUUACCUUCUUCACCGGUAGCCGAGGACAGUAACCGAGUCCUGAUAAUGAACGAUGAGCUUCUGGAGCGGUUAGCUGGGAGGAGGGGCUCGGGGCGACCUCUGGUGGUUCCUAAAGCAGCUGAUGUUUCCACUCCCCUGAACUACCACUCACCACCGGCUGAGGUGGAGGCCUGGCUCAGUGCCAAGGGCUUCAGUGAACAGACAGUUCAGAGUCUGGGCAUUUUAAAUGGAGCACAGCUGUUCUCACUAAACAAGGAGGAGCUCCGAACAGUGUCGCCAGAGGAAGGUGCAAGAGUUUACAGCCAAAUUAUGGUGCAGAAGGCCCUACUCGAGGAUGUGCGCAAAGCCACAGAACUGGAGAAGGUGAUGGAGAAGCAAAAGCUGAAGAUGGGCCAGGAUACAGAGGCUGACCAGGUGUGAUGAAGAAGCUGUUGAACAUCAUCUAAUGGAGCAAAAUCAGUGGACAUAAAUGAAGAAUGGCUUAAAUAGCUGGAGGCACAGAAAACUGCAGACGGAUUUUAAUUUUUACAUCGUACCUGCUGUGACGUGUGACAUGUUCAUCGGUAAAUGCAAGCUAUGAUAAAAGGCUCACUCAAAUCAAAAAUACUGAUUUUUUACAUUUAAAUAUUUCUGUUAUUCUUUGUUCAUGAAAAAUUAGAGACACAACACAAAUGUGUCCAAGUAUAUUCAGUCACACAAUGAUGUGAUGACGUGUUACUAUAAAUACUACCAUAUCACUGGACUGAACCCAUGCGAUGUGCACUCUGUUAAACACACAGAAGAGCCAGAUGUUUUUCAGAGUUUUUAUUCCUUGCACAUUAACCUGUAUUAAGAGAAAGUGACUUGUUGCAGCCCAAUACUGCUGUAAUCUACACACACUUAACCUCCUGAGACCCAGGAAAUGUCAGCAAAGUACAAGCUUUUUUUGUUUUUUAUUAAAUAAGUGCCUAUAUUGGAAACAUCAUUAUGCAACAGUUUUUUCAGA